UUGAGGACGGCGGCGGUGCCCAGGAAGCCGACCAGGGCGGCGACGGCGAUGAGGUUGUGGCCGCAGGCAUGCAGCGGGCCCGGGUCGGCAAAGGGGAGGCCGUCGUACUCGGCGUUAAAGACGACCAGAUGGCCGCCAGACCCGAAUUCGGCCUCAUAGCUGGUGUUGAGGCCGUAGGCAUGCGGGGUGACGGAGAAGCCCUGGGCGCGCAGGAACUCGACCUGGGUGUCAUGCGCGAGGACUUCUUCGUAGCAGAGCUCGGGAUUUUCCCAGAUCUAGGACUGUUAGCUAGCCUACAGCGCCAGCGUCGCUGGAUGGACUGCAUACGGACCGUGCGAUUGAUCCGCUUCAGGUCAUCGUCCACCUGGGCGAUGCGCGCGUCGAUGAUGUUCUUGACCUGGACCUCGUCCGGGCUGGGGACGGGGAGGUCGCUCGCCAUGGCUGCUGGACAUGCCGCGAGCGCAAGAUCAAAUGCGACGAAACGCGCCCCGUCUGUAGGUAUACUCCGUCUCCUCCUCUUCUUCUCCUCGCUGACCACCCCAGGCCAGCGAUGCACCGUUGGCAAGCGUGUCUGCGACUACAGUCCCCGCGAACCACCUCGUCGGCCCACCACCGUCCGCGCCAUUCUCCCCAGGACCGCCGAGCCCGCGGGCGGUGCAGCGGGCAUUCCCUCCAUUAAUAUUAAUAUUGGCGCUGCUGGCAGCGGCCGCAGUCUCAGUCCAGCGUCGGUGGCUGCUCCGGCUGUUUCUCUUGCACGACCCCCCGACAGCUCGCCCGACGAUGGAUCCGUCAAGACUCCGCCGACGCCCGCUGGAUCGGAGAGCAGUCGCGGAGGCCCGUCCAGCGUCCACACCAGCCCGCCCGCCUCCACUCCGCCGGACCAGCUGCCUGGCGGGCUGGGCGAGCUGCACGCCAGCACGCCGCAGGAGCAGCGCGUGCUGGACCAUUUCAAGUCGCAGUUCCUCACCACCAUGCAGACCAAGACGGCCAAGUACUCGUUCGUCGCCGGCAUCAUGCAUAUCUGCCAGUCGAGCCCCGUGCUGAUGCACAUGAUGAUGGCCAUCGUCGGCCACCAGGCCUCCGGGCUGUACGAGAGCUGCGAGGAGCAGCUGUUUGCCAUUGACGAGUACCGGAAGGGCCUAAAGGGAUUCGCGGAGCUGGUGGGCUCGGGCCAGUACGAGCGCCACACGCUGCUGGCCGCGUUCUGGAUCCUGAUCCAGUUCGAGAUGCGCUUCGGCCAGCGCGCGCGCGAUAUCACGCACCACCUGGACGGCUUCAACAGCGUGCUUCUGUCGCACGGCCCCAGUCUGCUGCCGCAGCUGAUCGACACGUCCAAGAAGAACUCCCACUACGAUCCCACGCGGACCGAGUUCCAGUACCCGUUCCGCACGCCGCUGGUCACGUACAAGAACGUGGUCAACCGGCUGGGCCUGUGGAUCGCCUAUCUGGACGCGUGCGCGGCGAGCUUCGACAUGGGCGGCGCCGUCAUGGCGACGAUGCAGUACAGGUAUCCGGGGUCGCUGGACCGCAUCUUUGCCCACUCGCGCAACGCCCUGAAGGACCUGUGGGGGAACGAGUACCCGCGCGAGCAGGAGAUGGACGACAUCCAGAACCGGCCGGCCUUCGACCUGUUCCACCACUGCCACAUCUUGCGCUUCAAGGUGGCCGAACUGCGAUGGGACCGCAGCGUGGGGAACGCGCGGGCGGAGAAGAUCCGCGAGCUGCACGCGGAGAUUGAAGGAAUUGCCGAACAAUACGCCUCGCUGAUCUCGAUCGUCGAGGGCCGCGACCCCUCGUCGCAGCCGACGUCGCGCCUAGUGAAGAACUUGCGCUUCAUCGUGGCGACCUUCCACGCCGUGGUGCUCGAGUUCAACCGGGUCGCGUACUUCCACGCGCCGCUGCCGCCCGAGGGCCGGCGGGCGGUGGAGCGGAUCCUGGACCUGGCGGUGGUGGUGCACGAGAGCGAGGGCAACGACGCGCUGACGCGGCUGGCGUGGCCCAUGUUCCUGGCGGGCAUCGAGGCGUGGGACCGCGUGUACCAGAACUGGCUGAUGGAGCGGCUGGCCGGGCUGCGCGGUUACGGCCGCAAUGUGACGCGGGCGCAUCGCCUGCUGGAGAAGGUGGUGCGGCAUCAGCGGAGCGUGCCAGGCAGAGUGGACUAUUUCCAGUGGUUCCGGAGCGGCGAGGCGGAGGAGUUUGUAUUGGUAUAG